AUGUCAAGUGAUUGGGAUAAAGAAAUUUAAUAAAAUGAUUCUCCAUUAUAUCAAAAUUAUCAAAGACUAAGGGAAUUAAAUAUAAAAACGAAAGCAGAUAUUUGUAAGUCUCUUCAGAAUCUCCAAAUUUAAAUGAUUUAAUAAGAUGAUUAGUUAUAAUAAGAAAUUGGUUCAGCUUUACGGCGUAAAUAGAGUCGUAUUAAAAAAGUCUAAAAAGAAUCUCAUUAUAGUUGUCAACGAAUGGCUUCUUUCUCAAAAACUCCAAGUUAACUUAAUAUCUCAAAAGAAUCAAUAGAGAAAAAAGGUAUUUUGAAAAAAAGAGAAUCCUUCCAUAGUUCAAGUUCCAGUGAAAAAAUUUCAUAGAAGCAUGUCAAAUUUUGUUCAGAAUCAUCAAAAUUUGUUCAUAUGGUACUAAAAUGA